AUGCCGGCGGAGCUGGUGGGGCGGUUCCCCUCCGCGAGGGCGGGGGCGGGGGCGGGGGAGAGGGCGGGGCCAGCGGAGAAGGAGGAAGUGGUGGAGAGCAAGGCAGCGGAGGAAAAGGGGGGCUGUCGCAGUUGGUUACUGAGGGCGUGUCCCUGCUGUUGCCGAGCGCCGAGCGAGUCAGCUGACACGGAGGCGGACGUGCCCCAGACGGACGGGAUCGCGGCGGGCGUGGACGCGGACGCGGGGCGGGGGGAGCCGGACGGGGUGAAGCCCCCCCUGCCCCAGAUUGGGGACACCGAGUUGGAGGAGGUGCUGCUCCAGGUCCGCUUGGUGGACCUCCUGAAGUCUCACAAGGGGCAGAACCGCACCCUGCACCACACGGACCAGUACCACAGCGAUGACCUCAUCAUCCGCCGAGGCGAGACCUUCCAGGUGGCGGUCGACCUCUCGCGACCUUUCAACUCUGCCACCGACAAGCUUCAUAUGGAGCUCAAGACAGGACCCCGCCCACUGGUGUCAAAGGGUACACACAUCAUCAUCCCAUUGGUCGAGGAGCUGACGGACGACCGGUGGGAGGCCAAGAUCGUGGAGCAGGACGGCAACAGGAUCAAGCUGUCCAUCAACUCCACGCCAACUGCCCCGAUUGGCCGAUACCAUUUCACCGUGGCGACCGCCGGCCCAGAGGGCGUGGCCACCGCAGCGCAAGGCCCGAGCAAUGACAUCAUCAUGCUGUUCAACCCGUGGUGUGAAGAUGACAGUGUGUACCUGGACGAUGAGGAGGAGAGGCAGGAGUAUGUGCUCAACGACACGGGGAGACUCUACUACGGCACGGAGAAGCAGAUCGGAGCCCGAACCUGGAACUAUGGACAGUUCAGUGAGGGGGUCCUCUCUGCCUGCCUCUACAUCCUGGAGAAGAGCGACGUUCUCCCGCGAGGCCGAGGAGACCCGGUCAACGUGGUCAGAGCCAUAUCUGCCAUGAUUAACUCCCCUGAUGAUCGGGGGGUGUUGGAGGGAAACUGGUCGGGGGACUACGCUGACGGCACGGCCCCCACAGCCUGGAGCGGGAGUGUGGAUAUCCUGAAGAAGUACCACGACGAAGGAGGCAUGCCCGUCAAAUACGGCCAGUGCUGGGUGUUCUCUGGGGUCACCACCACAGUGCUCCGAUGUCUGGGUGUCCCCGCUCGAAGUGUGACAAAUUUCCAGUCUGCCCAUGACACAGAUGUCUCCUUGACAAUAGACAUAUAUUUCGACGAGAACAUGGAAGCGCUCAACUCCCUGAACUCUGACUCCGUCUGGAACUUCCACGUGUGGAACGACUGCUGGAUGGCCCGGCCGGACCUGCCCCCGGGGAUGGGCGGGUGGCAGGCUGUGGACUCCACCCCCCAGGAGACCAGCCACGGGACCUUCCGCUGUGGCCCCGCCUCCAUCACCGCCGUCCGCAACGGGCAGGUCUACCACAAACACGACACGCCCUUCGUCUUCGCCGAGGUGAACAGCGAUAAGAUCUACUGGCAGAGGAAUCUGGACGGCACCUUCAGCCAAAUCCACAGCGAGAAGAAGGCCGUGGGCCACUUCAUCAGCACCAAGGCUGUGGGCUCCAACCAGCGGCACGACAUCACACACCUCUACAAGCACUCAGAGGGGUCAGAGGAGGAGCGCAUCGCCGUGGAGACCGCCAGUCGCUACGGCACCAAGCCAAACCUCUACUCCAGCGCCGCGGCGGAGGACGUGCACAUGGAGGUCACCAUGGAGGGGGAGGGGCCCCGGAUCGGCGGCGACGCCCAGCUGACCAUCGUCCUGCGCAACCAGAGCGCCGUGCCCCGCAGCACCAGCCUGCACAGCCAGGUGGAGGUGAUGUACUACACCGGCGUGCUCAAGGGCACCAUCAAGAAGGACCAGCUGCCCAUCGAACUCGCGCCCAACGAAGUUAAGACCAUUACCUGGGUCCUGCCGUACCAGAACUACCAAGACCAGCUGGUGGACCAAGGCGCACUGAUGCUGACGCUGUCGGGUCGGGUUCGGGAGACCCAGCAGGUUCUGGCCACACAGACGUGUUUCCGACUGCGCACUCCAGACAUCAGCAUAACACCUCUAGGGGACGCUGUUGUGGGGAAAGAGAUGGCAGCCGAGAUCUCCUUCACCAACCCCCUGCCACGCCCACUGAAGGGCGUGGUCUUCCGGGUGGAGGGGCUUGGCCUACAGAGCAUCAAGGAAAUACCUGUGGGGGAUGUGGGUAGUCGCUCCUCCGUCACUCUGAAGGAGCGCUUCGUCCCGUCUCUCGCGGGCGUGCGGAAGCUGGUGGCGUCCAUGCACUGCGCCCAGCUCACGCAGGUGCACGGCGUGGUCGACAUCACCGUGCAGGAGAACUGACCGCCCGUCCGUCUGCCUGUCCGUCCGUCCGUCCGUCCGUCCGCCCGCGCUGGUCUGUCUGCCAGUGCCAGGCUGCUAAGCAACAGCAGGCUGCCUAUCACCAACAAGCAUUUUUAAACACGACAUGUAUGUUUACGUACUGCGAUCUUAUGAAGACAGUAAAGACGCUGGCAAUGGUGAUGGUGGUGGUAAGCUUUCUCACCAUUAUUUUCGCAUUAUUAAUAGCACUGAGCCCUCCACUCUGAUGAAAGAUGAAGUAUUAAAUAAAGAUGUAGCACUCUUAUGGAAAACACCCCACACAGGCAUAUCAUGUUUACCGCCACAAAACACAUUUUAAAAAGGGAGUUUUUCCUCAAGUGUUGAUUAACAACUUUUGUUAAAUUGGCUCAGCAAUGACCUCCAUCUUUGCCCAGGUUGUGUGGUGAACAUCCCGGUGCAAAAUGGCUGCCGUGUAUCAGAGAUAUCUCCACUGUGAGUUUGACACAGUGCCCAGGGUUGAGCUGAGAUCUCGGAUCUUGACAAAAUACUCUAUAAAACCCAAUAAAUUAUCAUGGCUGUUAUUAUUACCAUAAGGGGGGAUAUCUCAGAUAUUCAAGCUGAAGGCACGCAUUCAAAGUUCACCCAAAAAUGAUAUAAUGGACCGUGAUAAAUUGGACCUCUUAUGAAUCCACCGGAAAUAACUUAAAUUUGAAAAACUCAGCAACGUCCCUUUCCAAAUAUAAUGCCAGCAAUAAUAUCUAUCUGGAUGGAUAGAUAGUACUCAGGGUGAGUGGAACCGUACACUCAGUGAGCAAUUUAUUAGGUAUUUAUUAGACUUAUUGCUGCUGUACCAACUUCUGCUGCUGUAGCCUAUCCACUUAGAGGUUUGAUGCAUUGUGUGUUCAGUUUUCCUGCAUACCACUCUUGUAAUAUGUGGUUAUUGGCGUUACUGUCUGGCCCUUCUCCUCUGGCCUCUCUCAUUAACAAGGCGUUUUUGCCCCCAGAACUGCUGCUCACUGGAUGUUUUUUGUUUUUCGCACCGUUCUCUGCAAACUCUAGAGAAUGCUGUGCAUGAAAAGAUCAGCAGUUUCUGAGAUACUCACAGAUACUAACCACUCUGUCUGGCACCAGCAAUCAUUUCACGGUCAAAGUCACUUAGAUCACAUUUCUUCCCCAUUCUGUCAUUUGGUCUGAAAAACAGCUGAACCUCUUGACCACGUCUGCAUGCUUUUUUUGCAUUUAGUUGCUGCCACAUGAUUAGCUGAUUAUAUAUUUGCCUUAACAAGCUGGUGAACAGGUUUACCUAAUAAAGUGCUCAGUGAGUGUGUUAAUUUCAUUGUUGGGCCCCUUUAAGAAAGAGGUGGGGGAACAGAGGACUGAGCCUGUACAGAUUGUUGGCAAGUUCUCCUCAAAAUUCCUGAGCUGGAUCCAACCUGGAUUACUACAGUAAUAAACUAUAUAGUAUAUAUAAACUGUAUAUAAAACUACACAGUAUGUAUAAACUAUAGACACAAAUAUAAUCCAUACUUUGUGUUGGCUAGGUUAUGAGGUUAGGAAAGGAAAUCUAAUGUUAGGUAAAGAAUUUGUGUGACAUAAUACAGAUGUUUAUAACUUUUUUUACUUUGUUACCUGCACAUCACCUUGUAUUUGAGAUUUAAACAUGGAAACACUUUUGGUUUGGACUGAAUUAACCUAAAAAUCUACUUAUAGAAAAUAUCAAUUUUUGCUUCCAUAUAAUGUGAAGAUACUGCAAUCUGCAUCAUCUCCCAUAUGUGUGUAUGACACUGAACAUUUUCCAGCUUUAGUGAGCCAGUUUUGUCUUGUUUUCUUCUUCUACUGUGACACUGUUACUUCCUUAAUCCAAAGUGGAACCAAAAUCCUGUGGGGUGGAUGUUCCCAGGGGACACAAAUGCUGCGCACCAUAGGGUAUCAAGAUGCCUUGCCUGUUGCGGAACAUAUGUCUUGAGCCCGUGCGUCAACCAAGCCUAUUAAUUCAUCUGAAAAAUCCUAUUAUUUCAUCAUGGUCAAAAUACGUAUUUAUUGACAAUAACGCGUGACAUAUGAAGAUGUGGCACUUCUAUUUACAGAGGUAAUAUUCAAUAUGAUUUGACAUACUGUUUGUGCAGGUAUUUGAAUAUGUUUGUAUUAUGUAUGUGUGUGAUUGUAACACCUGGGUUGGUGCCUACCGUAUGUUUAUGUUUGUUGUGGGUGCCCACGACAAAGAUUUAAUCAGAUGAGACUGCAAAAGAGACUGAGACUGUACUUGUACUUGUCUAUCUGUCAAUAAUAAUAAUUUCUAUCUCACAAUAAUUAUUUUUUUUGUAUCUUUUUGUUGUUGAGGUUCCUCUCUUAACCGUUAGAAGGCCGAAAUUACCUAUCGUACCUUUAAAUAAGACACCUAUGAGCGUAUGUAUUGUAUGUCUGUACCAGCAGGGGGCAGUAUUUCACAGAGCAGGAUUACUGAGUUAGCUGGAUAACUGCACUGAGUAAAACCUGGACCAGCUCCUUUCACAGGUUCCGAAUUUAUGAGGUUUCCGGGUUUUAUUCCGUGCUGUUAUCCAGAUAAGACAGUAAUCCUGCCCCUGUCCACUUGCCUAUAGCGGGCUUUCCAUCCAACUGUGAAAGUAAACUAUGAAAAAAAAAACUAGUUUUUACACGUAAGAUCCGAUAAGGGGGGAUGCAAACAGAUUUCUCAGAUUUCUCAAAUUUCUCAAAUUUCUCAAAUAAAUGAUGAGGAGGUGACGGGGUCAUGUGGUUCCUCUGCAGAAAGGCCAAAAAUGGGCAGCUGGCCCCAACUGCAGCUGCCCGUCUUCUGCUUGCAUAGUCCCAUUACGUCCUCUCCAGAAUAUUCACAUAAUGGUGGUUUAUGGAAACACUAUGUCUCAUUAUAUUACAUCACAUUACAUUACAUUAUUGGCAUUUGGCAGACACUCGUAUCCAGAGCGACAUACAGUUGAUUAGACUAAGCAGGAGACAAUCCUCCCCUGGAGCAAUGCAGGGUUAAGGGCCUUGCUCAAGGGCCCAACGGGUGUGCGGAUCUCAUUGUGGCUACACCUCGAUUAGAACCACCGACCUUGCGGGUCCCAGUCAUUCACCUUAACCACUACGCUACAGGCUGCCCCUCUGUCUCAUUCACAUUUUUUUUCGCCAAC